UUUUGGGAAAUAACCAUGAUGAAUCAUUUGUGUGGAAUUGGUCAGUCAUCAUCAUCGUUGAUUGGAUUGAUCUGCAAAAAACAUACAUUAAAUCUUUUUCAGUUUUCAUCUCAUCGUGGAAUUAUGAAUCUUUGUAAAGUUUCUCACCAUCCCAUUCGCCAUUUAAAGGAUGCAUUUCUUCGAUCUUCAGUUUCAGAUCAUGACUCUGAUAUGUACAAGCGGGCUUCUCUUUCUUUAUAUGAAUCUCUAGUAGCAUUUGGUAAAGGUUGGGCAACAUAUUCUACUGGAACGGCCAAGCAAUAUCAUCAGAUUGGUGGUGCUGCUAAUUUUCGCCAAACAGAACCGUUUAGUUUGAUUCUCCCCAGGAACAUUGGCAAUAAAUCAACCAAAAAGAAGAAUGAUGCUGAAAGUACGUAUAAAAUACUUGGAUCUGGAAUGAUACUUUUGAAGAAUUACCUCAGCAUUAGUGACCAGGUUGAAAUAGUGAAUAUAUGUCAAGAAGUAGGCAUAGGUCCUGGGGGAUUUUACCAGCCUGUUUUCUUAAGUGGAGCAAAAAUGAAAUUGCAGAUGAUGUGCCUUGGUCGAAACUGGGACCCACAAACAAGCUCUUAUACACGUUACAGAAGUGAUGGUGUUCAAGCCCCAUCACUUCCCGAUACACUUGUUUCAUUGGUUGAAACUUCACUUCAAGAAUCUUGUGCCCUGACAAAGUCGAAGGAUGAAAUUCCUUUAAUGUCUCCUGAUGUUUGUAUAGUGAAUUUCUACACAACUACCGGUCGGCUUGGUCUCCACCAGGAUAAAGAUGAGAGCCCUGAUAGUCUGAGAAGAGGAUUGCCUGUAGUUUCCAUCUCCAUUGGCGACUCUGCAGAAUUCUUGUAUGGUGAUACAAGAGAUACACAAAAGGCAAAAAAGGUUUUGUUAAAAUCUGGAGACAUACUAAUAUUCGGUGGCAAAUGUAGACAUAUUUUUCAUGGGGUACAGUCGAUCAUACCGUACUCAGCUCCUCUGUCAUUGUUACAAAAGACCAUGCUCAGACCUGGCCGUCUUAACCUUACUUUGAGAAAAUAUUAAUUAGGCUGAACGGAUGAUGUUGCCAUAAGUUUGACCAUGCUAAUUUUUCUUUUUGAAGGUGGCUAGAAAACCCCAUUAAACAUUGACAAACUUUUGGAAGUUUGAAAGAUUUUUUUCUAGGACUAGUAAAGUUAGUUUUCCGCCAUAGAAUGAGAUCAGAGUUUGCUGCUUUUUAAUGCAAUCUGCUCGUAUUUUGUUUGCCUAAUUCACAAAAUUUCCUAGCUUUGAAAUGCCUUUUCCUUCCGAAAGGUGAUUGGACUUUUAGAUCUUCACUACCUAAAUGCUUUUGUUUUUAUGAUAGAUUGAUAGAUAGUGGUUUGCUGUACGGUUUAUACUACUUUUUGUCAGUACCGAGGAAGUAACUCGGUGUGUUCAUUAUUCGAUCUGUUCAACCGGUCUAUUUAUUAGUUAAAUCCUUUAGCCUAACUAUGACUGAGUACGUAACCCAAAUAGGCCAUGUUAUAGUUGUUUGUAAGUUUUUGUUUCGAAUUUGGAUUGGGAUAAGAUCCCUAAUAGUCUCAAAAGAGGAUUCUUUGGGGUUUCUAGGCCUCUCCCAAAGGUGGUGUCACGGGCUCUUCACCAAUUUGUCACGGGAAGACACCGUUGGCAUGACUUCUUCACAAGCAUGUCACCAAAAAGCUCUUCCUCGUAAAGAAAUAUUGAAGACGAGCUGAGUGGAUUAUUGAUGGAGACAAUACUUCAUGUUAUACAUAGAUUAUAGUAAUAUAUAUUUACAUGGUGAAGUAUUUAUGUGUGCAUGUGUGUAUUUUUUUAUUUUAAUGUAGGUAUUUUAGUA